AUGCAAAGAAGUUUGAAUGUAUUGGCAUUUGGCAGCCCUCUCUCUCGCGCAGCACGUGAGUCACUGGGGUGGUUGUCUAGCGAGAGUAACUGUCUAGCGGCUCUGCAAAAUGCCCUCAUUUGUGUUGCUAUAGGUGGUGCAGUUGGUGGCGCUGUUGGUGUUGUAUAUGGGACUUAUGAUGCUGUUAGGUUCAAGGUGCCUGGACUUCUAAAAAUCAGAUACAUUGGACAAACAACUUUGGGAAGUGCAACCAUUUUUGGACUCUUCUUGGGUGCUGGGAGCUUGAUACACUAAAUCUUACUGAACAUAUAUUUGCUAACUGUGUGAAAAUGAAUUGUUGUUAUCGGAAUAACAUGCUUCUGCAAUUCCAAUAUAUUUGAGUUUAGUGAUACUUAUUGCUGAUUCAAA